AUGACGCGAUUGUCUAAAUAUAGAGAUGUAAACAAAGAUCUUAAAAAUCCCUUCCAAAAUCCAAGCACAAAUCUCACUCUUUCCGUAUUGGUGCUGCGUCAGAUAGUUUUUCUUCCUGUCAGUCAGAAACAGAAAUUAAAAAGCAAGGUAGAUGGAGUUCAGAUGCCUUCAAACGGAGAUGAAAAGGUUAUUUGGAUUGUUGGUUCUUCAAUUAUUAAAGGGGCAUUCUACUAUGCAAGAAAAUCCUUUGAUGGUGUGGAUUUAGGUUUAAAAGGAAGAAAUUACAGAAUUUUUUGGCAGGGAAAGGGAGGUAUGAAAUGGUUUGACCUUAUUCCAAAAAUUAAACUUUUGUUACGUUAUGAACCACCUCCAGAAAUUUUAAUUAUUCAUUGUGGAGGGAAUGACAUAGGUAAAAUUCCAUUGCUGCAACUACGGUCCAAUAUGUGUUCAACUCUCAAAAAACUUGAGGAGCUACUACCCAACACAACAAUUGGUUGGUCAAAAAUUUUGCCAAGAAUUUCAUGGCGUUUUAGUUCAAACUCAAAAUCUCAAAAUCUUGCCACUGUUAGACUCAAUAAUUUUAUGAAUCACUUAGUUACUGUCAAUGGUGGAUUCUUUAUCAAAUACCCAGAGAUUACUUGGGAUUCAAAUGAAAUGUUUAGUAGUGAUGGAGUUCACCUGUCGUACAUCGGUAAUUGUUUCUUGCUAUAUAACUUACAAAGGGCUUUGCAAGAAUAUGUUUUUCUAUAAAAGGUUAAAUACGUAGUUUAAGCUUCAAGAUGUGGUCACACCUACAUAUAUUUUGCGUCUCUCAUUCCACCUAACUUCGUUGGCGGUGGUUGUCAUUUUCAACGGACAACCAUUUGGCGGUUUUUCGAGACGCCUUCCAUGAUACAAUUAUUUUUUCACAACUUCUGCUGAGUAUCUGCUAACCCAGUACCAGCUUGAAUGUUGUCAGUAUUCAAAUCUUCAGGACUUUAUAAGGAUAAGGAUACAAUGUUUAUAAGGAUA